AUGGCGAACUGGAAAGAACUGGGCGAGGUCCCAGACUCGGACGACGAACUGGACUUCGAUAGCCAGGAAUUCGAGGGAACCCAUCAAGAUGCCGACCUUCCCAUGAAGAGACCCGAUGAAGCCUUGCAGUCGCCGCAAGCCCCCGGAGACAGUGUGUGGGAUGUUCCCUCCUCCUCCCAAGCAAACGCAGACGCGACUUCGAAGACGAAUCCCCCGACCUCGAGCCCAGAGGAAACUAGACCUCCUGUCGAAGAGCCCGCCUCUUCGCCCCUUUCCUCGGCGCAAGAUGUGGACGAUCUCGCGGAUAUUUUUGACUUAGAGGACCUGCCAGCUGCGGCCCCUCCGCCGACGAGGCAUAUCUCUGAUGGCAAGUCCACCCAGGAUGCCAUCUAG